CCCAUCACCUUUUAUUUUCCCUUUUUCUUCUCUCAACAAAUAAAAAGAAUAAAAAAAAAAAAGGGAAAAUAAAUACCAUUCGCCACCAGCAUUACCAGCAGCGGGCGGCAGCAGCCACCAUCGUAGCCGGAUGAUAAAAAGUAGCUCGUCCGGUAGUUGUAAUAGUAGUAGGAGCGAAUCAUCCGGCAUGUUGAAACACCUAAGUACACGUCAACCAACCGAUCAUUUGCGUACUCCAUCCAACGGACUUUCAGAAUCGGGCCAGUCGGAUCGAAUUGAACCGCCUCCUCGCCGCCUCCUCACAAACAACAACGUCAUGGCUCCUCAUCCAUCGCAUCAGCAUCAUUUGGCUAACGGCUACACUUCGCCAGGACGUUACUCCACAGCCGGAUCGAGCAGCACUAAACAACAGCCGCAAAUGCACAAUAUCUCCAUGCACAACACGUCCAAGCAUUCGCUGAGUCCGACGACGAGCAACAUCAGUCCUGGAACGGGCGCUAAUCACACAAAGACAACGUUAACCAGCAAUUUGGAUCAUUCGAGGGACGAGUCUUUACCUUUCAAUUUCAGCAACGGCCCACUGUCCUCUUCCAUUUUCAUCACGGAUCGCUCGCUCCCGAUUGGCGACCACACCUUCCUGUCCAAUGGUGGAAGAGGGUUAAAUAAAGGCGGUACGGCUAACGGUGGAAUGCACAUCCGGCGCGGAAGUCCUCUACCGACGUCCGUUACGAGGCUGGCAGCUGCAGCGCGUCAGGUUUCCGCCAGCGUCAUCGGAGUGCGCGAGAUGUUAACUUCGCUCGGUCUGCUCUGCCUCUUGUCUCUAAUGAUGGCCCUGUUGGGUCUCAUCUUUUUGCUCAAAAUGAGUCCGCCACCAGACGCCAUCCACUUCAUCGACCAGGUGCGCAUCGUUUCGCCGGACGAGGCUCAUUCCGUUUACGAAGUCAGUUUGGCACUUUGUUCGCUCGCCAUGACGUUGGAUGUCUGUUGCUGUCUCGUCUGUGCAACCCAACUCCUCUUUGCCGCCCGGCUGAUAACAGCUUCGACCUGCUCAUCUUCAAAUUCAAGUAGAGAUCGGAUCAAAAAGUUCUUGAAGGACUCGGCCGUCACUCGCAUUUGCGCCGUGGCCGGAUUUUUUGUAUCCAUUCCUGUCUUUCUCACGGAUAUCGUUUUGUACACGAUCAUUCAGUUCCCUUCGACUCCUGCCAUCACUACAAGUAUAGUUAUCAGCGUGGGAAUCGUACUUUGCGGCUGCGCCAUGCUUCACAACAUCGUAGUUUGGCAGAGGUACAAGGGCUCGUCUACGAUGUUGCCCGAUCUGUCGGGAAUUGAAAAGCAUCCAGAUGCAACCAACGGAAGGAUUAUGUCACCUACUCAGAUGCCAACAGCCACUUUAGAUUUAAGUGCUGCACUGAAUGGCAAUGCCAAUUUGAGCAGUCACAUGCUCGAGCUUUCAACUCUUGUCUGAAAAAGAAAAAAAAGCAGAGUUGUUAAGAUAUUAUACUGUACCAUUGAAACUAUCGAGUCAGCCAAAAUUUGAUUGGCUGCAUCAAUUGAAAACUGUUUUUCGACUUGAAAAAUCAAUGACAUUAAAAGCCUAGUCAUAAACUGAUUUUUUAAAAACAAUAAUAAAAAGUUGAAACGAUUUCCAGAAGGAAAUUGCUUAAACACCAGGCCAAUGUCAUUGGACGAAAGAGGUGAAACAGAAAUUUUUAUCUCCUAUCGUCCGAAAAUGUUAUUAUAUUUUUUUUUUUACGAUUUCAACUCGCAUCAGCCACUAAAAAGGGCGUCAACAGCCCCCUGAUCCUCUCCUCCAUAUCCCAUUCACACAAUAUAGCCCUAUACUUAAUAAUUGAGUAAAAAGAAUCGUGACACGCCCACCCUUAAUUAUGAUUCAAGUGCCUGCAUAUGAAACUGUAUAAUUAUUGAUUGCCAGUGCCAAUCGUGUUGUAAAUAGUAACGAGUUUCUACGUAUUGCCAUGUCUUAUUCUUUUCCGUGUUGUAAAAAAUAAAAUAAAGACAUGCUCCACAAAAACUGGAAUUAGACCGUAUCGUGAGCACA